GCUCAUCAUGAAAUUAUCAACCCCAGACUUUGUUGCAACAGUCGGAGGAUUCCUUCUUACUUAUACUUUUCAUGCAUUUGUCUCCUCUUAUUUCCGACACCUCAGACACACUCUCUCUCUCUCUCUCUCCACUCUCUCUCUCUCCAGAACCUUAAAGUAGACUGAAGCAAUCCCUCAUUAGGCUGCUGUUGAGAGUGAUUUGAGACCAGAAGUAAGGAAGAAGACAAAGAUAACGCGUUGAGGAAUCUGAGAGCGAAAUGGGAUCUAGGACUGCUGGUUUCUUCAAGGUUCUUCUCACGAAUUUUGAUAUUCUUGCUUGGCCUGUGGUUAGCCUUGUUUAUCCUCUAUAUGCCUCAAUUAGGGCAAUUGAGACUAAAUCUCCUGUUGAUGAUCAGCAAUGGCUUACUUAUUGGGUUCUCUACUCCCUGAUCACCCUAUUCGAACUCACCUUUGCCAAAGUCCUUGAAUGGAUUCCCAUCUGGCCAUAUGGAAAGCUAAUCUUGACCUGCUGGUUGGUCAUCCCUUACUUCAGUGGUGCUGCAUAUGUUUACGAGCAUUAUGUGAGACCUCUCUUUGUCAAUCCGCAGCAUUCUAUAAACAUAUGGUAUGUCCCUAGGAAGAAGGAUAUCUUCAGUAAGCCAGAUGACAUUCUAACUGCUGCAGAGCAGUAUAUUGCUGAUAAUGGGACAGAAGCAUUUCAGAAUAUGAUUAACAAGGCUGACAAGUCCAGGGCCAGGAGGAGUGAAGUCUACUCAACCUAGAAAGAGGACUAUAGAUAUUGAGCCUUGUAGCUCUCAGCAUGUUUUCCACAAUCUAGUUCCUUAUGAAGAAAAGGAUGCACUGUUACUAGAGUUUUUCUUUUUGUGGUUAGCAUUCGGUUUUUGAAUUUCUUAUUUGAAACGAUCUGUAGUAUUUGUAAAAAAUGGCGAAUGCUUCUACGUUACUAUAUGUAAUUAGCAAAAGUAUGCAUCA